AUGCUGCGGUUUUUACUCCAAAAAUCUAGUCCAGAGGCACAUGAAGACAUAGUCGCAGAUUAUCUGGACUUUCGACAGACAGUACGCCAUGGUUUUCCUUCUCGUGUCUCAUGUUUCGCAUAUGACGACGUGCUUAGUUUGCUUGCUAUUGGUAAUCUCGACGGAGACAUCAACAUAUAUGGUGGAAAUGGUUUCAUUUGGAGUGCAGAAGUUCCCGGAAAGAAAGGCAUAAGCAAAAGUGCAGCUCAUAUGUAUUUUGCGUGUGGUCUCGGUGUGCUAAUGGUUUUAUGUCGAGAUUCCACAUUUGUUCGAUUUUCUAUAGAAGGAGCAAAUGUAACAGCUCGUUCUGCGCUUCAUGAGACGAGAUUAAAGAAGAUUACAAGUUGUUGCAUGCAUCAAAGAGCGGACCUUCGAGAAGCCCUUCUUCUCAUCGGAACUGUGUCCGGUAACGUAUUCGCCCUAGAUAUUAACAGUCUAGAGUUGUCCGAAUAUAUUGUUUUUGAAGAUACCAUAUUACAGAGAAUCCCUGAAACAUCAAGGAGAGAAAAGUACCCGGUUGAUUUGCUCUCAGUUUGUCCUACGAAUCCUCGCCUCAUCGUUAUGGUAUUUGAUCAUCGACUUCUAUUGUCAUACGACUCCUCUACAAAUGAAGUGCUUGGAACAAGUGUGUUUGAUGUGCAAUGCAAAAAUAUCACUUGGACUCGUGACGGAACCCAGUGUGUUGUCGCACUUCAUGAUGGCUCAUAUGCCUCAUGUGAUCCGGCUAGAGCUACCAUAAUUGAUCGUCCUGCACAGGUUUUCGGUCCGUUUCCAUGUAUUCCGACGAAAAAAGCAUUCUUUGCAGAGACAUCCAGGACGAGCGAGAAGAUUGUGCUUUUCUCCGGUGGUAUGCCUCAUGCUUCAUAUGGAGAUCGAUUUGUUGUUACUGCUAGGCAGGGUGAUCGUACUUGUGUGUUCGAUUUUCCUAGUCCUGUUAUCGACUUCCUGUUGACUUAUGGUGCUGAUGGAUAUCAUACAUGUGCACUGGUUCUUACUGAAAACGAGCUUGUCUGUAUUGAUUUAACGGAUCGUUGCUGGCGAGUUAUACCGCCACAACAACUUUUUCCAUUACAUGCGAGUCAGAUUACCACCUCUGCUCAUUGUUCGCAUGUUGACGAACACGUAUGGAAUAAAAUGAACAAGCUCUCAAGUGAUGCGAUUCGUAAUAAUCGUAAAUUUUCUUCGGCUCCUUGGCCAUUGAAUGCGAAAAUUCCUAUUUCGGAUGAGGGACGUGUGGUGAAAGAAGCAACGAAACGGCAGUUAUAUCUAACUGGGCACGAAAAUGGCACUGUGCGAGUAUGGUCGGCUGGUCAUGCUGUUAUGAACUUAUUGUUCAUAAUUGACACCCGUACCGAGUUCGCUGGAUUCUCGGAUGAGGAAAAGGAAACAUUGGAGAAAGAACAAGCUGCGUGUGACACUGAUACUUCUGACGACGAAUUCCAAAUUACUGGUGACUGGCCUCCAUUCAAAAAGAUCGGUGAUUAUGAUCCGUUUUGUGAUGAUGCUGGACUGUCCAUCCAAAGGGUAGCGUUCGAUGAAAAAUCCGGACAUAUUGUUAUUGGAGCGCGAGCUGGACACGUAUUUUUGUACACAUUGGAGGAAACGGAACGAGAAUUGACUCCGCAAGUUCUUAAUGUGGAGUUAUGUGAAACAUCCAAAUUAUCUGCAGUUGUUCGAAAUAGCAAGCCGCUACCUGCUCGUGUGAACCCGCUCAAGUAUGCACCAGGAUAUCAACCAUCUUUUUCCACUCCCAGCAAAAGUAUGCUAGUUCAACUCCAACCUCCUCAACCUGUUUCCGCUGUUGCUGUGCUCUCUGCUCGUCAUCUGAUUGCUGCUUCCAACGAAUACGGAUUCACUCUCGUUGAUGCUCAGAGACAAUCAGUCUUACUGCAAAAUAGCUUGGUGAACCAAGCGGAUAUGCAACAUGCGGGUACUUUCGACGAUGCACUUUCUCGCUUUAAGAGCAUGAAGAAAUCCAUCCGCCAAACAUUUCGAAGGAAAAAGAAGACCCCGGUGACAUCACUAGAUAAUACCUUAGCUACAGCAAAUAGUGAAUCUCCGGUGAAGGAAACGAACAAAUUCAAUGUGUCGAGGGUAUUUAGUGACAAUGAGGAUGAGGACGUAGAGAUAACGAAGCCAGUUGAGCGCCUUAUUGAAGAACGUGGGAUGUGUCCGUUGGAAUCACCGACCUGGUUCAUUAGAUGUCUCAGAUUCCUCAGUGUUCCGGUGAUGGGAAUUGCAGGGGUGAGCGAUGUGUUUGUAGUAGGUACAAAUGGAGGGAAACUAAUCAUUUAUACAAUUACGGACCAACCAAGGGCAGAGGACGUAUGCAAAUUGCUGAAAACGCUUGCUCUUCGUCACGCAGCUCCCAUCAUUCAUGUGGAUGUUAUUAUGGAGCCAGGAACGAGACAGGCGUCUUCGGCUCGUCUCAUCAUAUUUACCGAGGAGCAAAUCCGUAGCCUCUAUCUUCCGAGCCUGAAGCCUACUCGUUACAAGUUGAAGCUCACUAGUACAGAGGGAUUGCGAAUCCGUAAAGCUUCUAUUGUUACACUUCACAAUUCUACUGAUCUCUCAAACUGCGAAAGUUUUGCGGCUAUUGUGAACAAUAAUGGAGAGGUAACGGUGUACUCGCUGCUGAAUCCAAAGAAGAGUGGAAAGUUCUCAGUGGUGAAGAGCACAGACAUUGCGGGUAUUUCGUCAAUGUUGAUCACACCGUAUGGUGAACUGUUAUACCUGAGACAAGGAGGAUCCGAAUUGCAACGUGCAACUAUAUCCGAACAUUCGCUGCCAUGGGCGGUGCCAUGCCAAGGGAAAAAAUGGCCCGAGCCUAUUACCUCACGCUCAGAAUCACUUGCUUAA